CAAUCCCGAUUCCUCCUUCCCCUGCCUCCGGCUUUUGCCGCAAGAUAACGGAGACGACUUUGUGCCAAAGCGAAGACAGAUCUCAUGGCGGAAUCCACGACGAAAGACGUAGCCUUCCCUUAGGAUGAUUCUUGUUGGUGCUCUCCUCAUCGUCGUACGUUCUCCGGUGCUCCAGUGAUGGCGGAUGCUUGUUUUGUUUGCUUCUUUCCGUAGGGGUUUGAGGAGUUCCAGGAAUGGCGGAGGGCGGUGGCGGACGAGCCAAAGCUCGGUUCUUGCGCUGUCCCAACUGCGAUGCUCUCCUCCCGGAUCUCGGAAAUUUCACUGCCUGCCGUUGCGGUGCUUGUGGUUCUACUGUCCGAGCAAAGGGAGAUAAUUUGGCAAUAGAUUCUACGCCAGAGAGAUCUUAUAAUAGGGUCGAUCUGAGACCGUUAGCGAGUGAACCACAUGAUGGAAUUGGGAGGUACCGCCGAUCUUCGAAAGCUCGAUUUAGCGAUUCCACAUCCAGUGAAGAUGAGAUGGCCAAAGGAUCGAAAGAGGAGCGAGGAACGAAACCUGACAGGGACAGAGUACCGACAUUCUACCGAACGACACGAGAUCGGAUGAAGGCCACUCCAUCACCAAAUUACCGACAUUCUAGCGGUUCCUCAGGGCCGUCUGCUUUGCAUGAUGGAUCUUAUACUGAUGACCGUUCCAAGAAGCAAGAUCAAUCUUGGAUUGAUGGAGUUGACCACCUGAGUCAGAACCCGAUCCAGUUUCUGAAGCAGCUUGAUGAAUUAAGAGAUCGGAUCGGUCGAUCAUGUGAGGUCACUGAGGAACCAAGGGAAAGGAUGCCAUUGAAGCUACGUGGGCUACUUGCACCUGAGAGAACUUAUGUUCCCGCUGCUCAGUACCCAGAGAGAUUAAGGAUCCGUAGACAACUCGAUGUAGAUCCUUUGGUCUAUAAUCAUCAUGGUGAAUUUGAUCAUGAGCCUGCCUGCUCUUGUACACACUGCUAUCACAAAUAUAGGUUGUUGCCAGAUAGGGUUGUCCCUCAUUCUGUCAGCUCCCAGAGCCGGAGAGGUAGUUAUCUUGUGCAGAAUCGUGGGUCCUAUCCUGUCAGGACACAGGAAUACAAUCAAAGAGUGCGAUCUCGAGAGCCACUUAUUCAGAAACGGGCCACAAUCUCCAAAAAGAAGGACAAGCAUCUUUGUCAACCUUUUGCUGGUGCUGCUCCUUUUGUAUUAUGCUCUAAUUGUUUUGAACUGCUGAGGCUACCUCAGAUAAUUCUACUUGUGUCAAAGAAAAUCUGCACGUUGUGCUGUGGAUCAUGCUCUGAGGUAAUGUCCUUAGAGCUUAUCGGAAAGAGGCUUGUUGCUUCUGCCACUCCACCAUCCACAGCUCAAGCCGAAACCAAAGGCAGUUCUCCUGUCGAAGUGAAACAAAUUAAGCAAUCUAAAGCCCAUAUUAUUGGAGAAUCAGAUACUUCUUACCAUGAAGCUGAUGAUGGCCCAUGCGAACUUAUGCAGUCGACAGAUGACAACCCUCCCAUAUCUAGUCAGGGACUGAUGGAAAGAGAAUGUGUGUCACACUUGAGUGACUCAGAGAAAACAAAGAGACCUUCAAUGUCUUCCAAUACGUCUGAUAACGUGGAAAGCCCAGAUAGUGCAACAUAUCAGAAAGCUACACCCAGCGCAACAGAUUUUCCAUUUCAUGCAGAAGUCAUUUCAGAUGCUGCAGGUUCACCAGCUCAGGAUCAUCUUGGACACCCAUCAUCCAGUCAAGUAAUGGAUGGUUCCAGAAAUGGAGGCAUGAGUGAAUAUUCUGAUCAGGAAACAGUAGUUUCCUACACUGACAAGUUUCGGCAGAACUCUGCAAAAAAUGAAGUGGUUACUGAGAUUGAUGUGUCAGGGCAUGAAUAUCCCAGUUCUAGUUUUUCUGGGGAUUACCAGGAGAAAGAGAAAUAUGAAAAUCAAGCUGGGAUUGGCAUGAGUGAUGAUUCAUUGGUUUUUAGUCAGCUAGUGCAAGAUGAAAGAUCUGAAGUUUCAGUCAAUGGUCACCCUAUUGUUGAUCACUUGGUUAGGAAAGCUGAAAAACAAGCUGGACGCAUUUAUCCGGGAGAGUAUUGGUAUGAUCAUCGUGCUGGAUUUUGGGGUGUCAUGGGGCAGCCAUGUCUUGGGAUAAUUCCGCCAUUUAUACAAGAAUUUAAUUGUCCUAUAUCCAAGAAUUGUGCUGGUGGGAAUACUGGGGUUCUUGUUAAUGGAAGAGAGCUACAUCAUAAAGACCUAGCUUUGCUGGUUCGACGAGGACUCCCAACUACAGCUGGUCGAUCUUAUGUUCUUGAGUUUUCAGGGAAUGUUUUUGAUGAAGUCUCAGGUGAAGAGCUGGGUAAUCUUGGGAAGCUCGCACCAACAGUUGAGAAAAUGAGACGGGGAUUUGGUAUGAAGGUUUUGAGGUGAUUAGCAAGCUAGUGGCAUUCAUUUGUUGCUUCAAUUCCUUGGAACACUUGUAAAUGUGAGCAAGCUCCAUAAACUGUUGAAUGACAAAAAUAUAGAGGAACAAUAUAUUCUUAGAAUUUGGAUCAAAAUAACACCUUCAAAUACGGUACAUGUUUUGCAAAGAAACACAGUGCUAAAUACACGGUACAAAAUAAAAAAUUAUUAUUGUAGAACCAAACCUUAUCUUUAUGAUUCAUUAGUUUGCCUUGGUGUUGGAAGGGUUCUAAUAAGAAACAUGUCGCCCUGAUGAAUGUUUCUUGUGUCAGACAGUAUAUGUUUGGAUUUGUUGUAAUUGUUCGCCUUGCAAUUAGAUUACACUACCUGCAGUCUUCAAUAAUGCAUGCUUUGAUUAGCUGGAAUACUGCCUCUAUAGAUUGCCUUCAUUGAGCAGAUAAACACGUUGCUUAAGCCAUGAUCUAUAGAUCUCCGCAUUACAAGAGCACACCAGUUGGAUUUUGUUUUUGUGUAUAUAUAUGAAGAUAACCUAACACAUGAUCUAAGUCACAAAAAUA